CCAGAUGCCAGUUGCAGCUGGGGAGUGUGUAUAGUCUUGUAGAGCGUUGUCGAAUUUGUUUCGUUCGUGAACGACGUAGCGUGCCUAGUCUAAAGGUCACAUGUUUCUAGUAGGAAAAAGCAACAUUUGACUGUUUUUUUGUUUUCUUCUGUGUGUGUGUGUCGAUUAGAACGCUCGCCAAGGACGUAUUGCCAUUGGCUGAGCAACGUCAAGUGUUGAAUAAAACAAAAACAAAGGAAGGCAUCGUUUCUUUGUCGUGUAGCAACAAGAAACAAGUAGCUCUGCUGGGUGCUCGUGUUGUUUGUUGUUUCAGUUGAUGAUCGAAAAGAGCGCAUCAAAGUGAAAUUGAUUGUUGUCAACAUCUGGACAUGCCUCAACUGGCGGAAGUGAGCGUCGUCUCGUCGGUUGUGGCCAUGGAUGAGAUGUCGUGGUCGACUGUGGGCGGCCACAAAAUCGGCCACUGGUUCGCUUCGUUGGGUUCCAGGGGACGGGGCCGCCGUAAAGCUGCCGCCGUGGCAGCCGCCGCUGCUGCCGCCAACUGCACCAACAACGCCGUCGCCAAUAAUAACACGACGCGCAGCUUCACUCUCGGUGUGUUGCAUGAACAUCCCAGGAUCGGCUCCGAUGGCGAAUCUGAGGAAGUUUCUCUGGCCUCGGAUCCUGACGUCACGUCACCUGUCAAAAUGCGCCAAAAGAAUCGCCGUCUCAGCGAGCAAGACAUCAGCAAACGUUUGUCGUUGCCGGCCGAUUUGCGGAUACCGGAAUCCUUCCUGGCCAAACAGUCGAGCAGUAGUCCCAUCUUCGACGGACCGUUGACGCGGACCAACCGGAGACAGUCCCUCUCUGAAAUCGGUUUCGGCCGCAUGGAGACCUACACGAAACUCGACAAAUUAGGAGAGGGAACGUACGCCACCGUCUACAAAGGCAAGUCGAGGCUGACGGACAACCUGGUGGCCCUCAAAGAGAUUCGGCUCGAACACGAAGAGGGAGCACCGUGCACCGCCAUCCGAGAGGUUUCCCUCCUCAAAGACUUGCGCCACGCAAAUAUUGUGACGUUGCACGAUAUUGUGCACACGGAAAAGUCAUUGACGCUCGUCUUUGAGUACCUGGAGAAGGACCUGAAGCAGUACAUGGACGACUGUGGCAGCAUUCUCAGCAUGAACAACGUCAAAAUCUUCCUCUUUCAGCUUCUGAGAGGACUUGCCUACUGUCACCGUCGCCGUAUCCUCCAUCGCGAUCUCAAACCGCAAAAUUUGCUCAUCAAUGACAAAGGCGAACUCAAGUUGGCCGACUUUGGGCUGGCUCGAGCUAAAUCCGUGCCGACUAAAACCUAUUCAAACGAAGUAGUGACGCUCUGGUAUCGCCCUCCCGACGUUUUGCUCGGAUCCACCGAAUAUUCUACCCCCAUCGACAUGUGGGGUGUAGGGUGUAUCUUCUUUGAAAUGGCGAGCGGUCGGCCUCUUUUCCCCGGCUCAACUGUCGAGGACCAGCUGCAGUUGAUUUUCAGUCUGUUGGGGACUCCGACAGAGGAGACGUGGUCGGGCAUUCAGAGCAACGAGGAUUUCUUGUCGUAUCGCUUUGACCAUUGCAGUCCGCAGUCCCUGAUCCACAGAGCACCUCGGCUGGACGGCGACGGACUCGAUCUUUUGAACAAGUUCCUUUCUUAUGAAGCCAAAAAGCGGAUCUCAGCUCAAGAUGCAAUGCGCCAUCCGUACUUUCGGUCGUUGGGAUCGAUGGUGCACAAAAUUCCGGACGUCGCUUCGAUUUUCACCUGCCAAGGGAUCCAGUUAACGAGAGAUCCAGGAUAUCGGCCGUCGAGUCAUGGAAACAAUUCGAAAACAAGACGUCAAUCGAUGCUGCUCUAGAUGGCAGUGCCAGUCGCGUAGGAUUGGCCAUGCGACAACUCGCAUCAGACUUAACGAAAAUGAGGUUCACAAGAUUUAAAGUCCGUCGGUGGAGAACCCGCAAAAAAAAAAGAAAAUUAUAAUAAAACUCUCCCGUCUUGUAACGCGACACUCGUGUUGUUCAGCUCGGCCCUUCUUACGUUUCAAUUUAUCAUAUUUAAAAAAAUUAAAAACAAAAAACAAAAAAAAAAAGAUUAACAUCCUCCCCCCCCCCCUCCACCGUUGUUCUCACGUUUCCAUUUAUUUAGAAUCCCUUUUUUUUUUUUUUUUUUUUACUUCCCCUCCGUUGAGCGUGUUGAAAAUCAUGUCGUUCUACUCUUCUGAAAUUCUCUCCCGAAAUUUUGAUCGAAAUCUUCUUUUCACUGUGAUGGUAAUAUCGGUCCAGCCCGUUUUCUUUUCCUGGACAUUCGGGCUGACCUUCAGUCCUUCCCUUCUGAUUUUGUUUGUUUUUUUUUCACUUGCCGUCAAUUAUAAUCCACACAAAAAAUGUCACAUCGAUUUGUUGAAUUCCCCCCCAAUUUUUAGUUUUCCGUGAGAUUCGGUGAUGGCAGCGGGCUAUCCAAUUUUGCUGUAGACCCUUGCACUUUGAUGAUUAAUGAUGGGGUACAUAAUCAAUGGAAUGUAUGGGGAUUUGUUUCUGAUUUCUCUUUUUUUUUUUUUGUUUGUUUUGCACUUGUUGGCGGAUGCUGCGGAUCGUCUAGCGUCUUGUGUGUCUGGUUUGUCAUUUACGCGUGUCUUUGUGUGUGUGUGUGUGUGUGUCGUCUCGGUCGGUUCCAGGUGUGAGCCCACGUGUGUGUGUGUGUGUGUCGAGUCAAAACUGCCAACCGAGCUGCUCACAAGUCCGUUCCCUCUUCCGUACGUGUCACGCAGUCGUGAAAUGUUUCGUCUCAGAGAAUAUGAUACUUACGCGCGCCAGUGGAGACCAUCUCUUCUUCUUUUGUCUUCUGUAUUUUGGAAAUUAUCAUUUUUUUCUUUUUUGGCAACGAGACUUGGUCUUCUGGCCUUGACUUUUUUUUGUUGGUUUCUUUGAAACUUUCCGCCCCUAUUGUCUCUCUCUCUCUCGCGUCUGUGACAUACAAGUAUACAUAUUAAAUAUAUGAUGAUAUAUCGCGUAAAGACGAGCGCAUACGUGUUACACGCAAAAUGUGGGGAUGUGGGUUGGUGAACGAAUGGGGGGUGAGGAUCAAAAUUGUUUCAAUUUCCAUUGAUUGUUUAUGUAUGUGGCCAGCAGCGGUGGAUGAUGACGGCCGAAAAGAUGACAAUAAAAAGUGCAGUGCGUAGUACAAACAAAAAA